CCUAGAUUCUUGGUAGUUUAGUGACAAAGUUCUUUGUCAAAAUAUAAACAAAGAUAAUGUGGAUUUAAUUGCAAUAACUUAAACAUUCUUAACAUAACAUUUGCCUUAUUAUUAUGUUAUUGGUGCAGUUUGUUUGUAAGUUAAUUAGUUAAGAGGAUAUAAAUAAAUUUGGAGGUUAUAAUCUAGCAAGCGAGGGUAGACAAUCGGCGGCAAUUUUAAAUUUUGACAAUGUCAAAACGUCCAAAUCCAGAUCGAAAACAAUUAUUCAACAGUUUGGCAAAAGAUUUUCACGAACUGGUUCAAAACAAGCAUGAGUUGAAAGCGUCCAUAAACAAUUUCUUUUAUAAUUUGGUGGACGAGAUGGCCAUAGGAAUAAUAUUUGAUUUGCACCGCAAAUACAAGACCAAUGCCUACGAAUUGGAUGACAGUCAGGACGAGGAGGAAAAUAAGGACGUCGACGUGUUUGCGGAGCACAACCUGAAGAAAACGCAGGAAUGCGUGUGUCCCAAUUGCGACCGGGCUGUAGCCGCCAUCUACUUUGCUCCACACUUGGAAAAAUGCAUGGGAAUGGGCAGGGCCAGCAGCCGAUCCAGAAACGCCACAAGAAGAGUGGUAGCGAACAACAAGGAUUCCGAUGGGGGUUCGUACAGUGGAGUGGCCAGCGAUGAUGAUAAAGAUGUUAAUUGGAAUUUGGGGGACAAACGGAGGAAAAAGAAGACCAGGAAUGGUAGCAAGAAGUCUAAAGGAAGUACAAAAAAGAACUAUGACUCUGAACCACUGGAAUCACUAAAUGUUGAUGUGGAGGGUGAUGAUGACGAUUUGACAAAUCUGAGGGACAUUUUACAUCUUCAAGAUCACUCAAAUAGCACCUCACCUGCAGAUUCUGCCUCGAGCAGCCAAUCGAGCUCCUCGAAGAAAAAAGACAAAUCGAAAAGCAAAAAAAGCAGCAAACGUGACAAGUCUUCGCCUAGUUCGAGCCUAGCUGCCGAUUGAAGUAUUAUGAAUGUGAUUUUAAAGUAUUAACGAGACAAAUUUAAAAUGUUCAAUGUCGAGAUUAUCCUUAUUUAUAAGACUUUAAACUAUGUAAGUAUACCUACUGUUUUGAAAUUUCAUGUAAGGAGUUUUCUUUAGUACUGAUUUAUUUCCAACUUUAUAAUCUAUUAUACAUACAUACGCAAAACUUGUAAAUUAUAUUUUAUUUAUCAAAGUAAAAAGAAU